CCCCACCACACUGUUUGAGGAAGCAGUUUGCCGCCACGCUGCCGUUGUAUUGUUUGGCAGCUUUUGAAGGACGUGUAUAAAACAACUCCGGGAAGAUCCCACAGCGUUCACUAGAGCUUUCUCAAUGAUUCUCCUUUGAUUAAAGGCAGCAAAACGCAUUUUCUCGCUGGGAGUCAAGCGUCACUGGGAAGCGAGUUCCCAUCGCCUCUCUGUUUUUCCAGAGACGCUUUCUGAACCUGCAGGACUGCAGUGACUGAACUCCACCAUGAGUGAGCUCGAGAUGAGCCAGGGCACUUUCGAACAGCUCUGGAACGAUGCACACUUGAAUGCGGGUUUGGAUGACAUUCUUGCAGAGCUGCCAAGAGCAGACAGUGAUGCCUGGCUUACUGCUGCCUUUCCUAGUGGUGCCUUCAAUGAAAACUUUGAUGACUUGGAGUUAUCAGAGGCCCCAGAGAGUGCUGACGUGAAUGCUCUGAUGUCUCCAGUCCUGGACAGCCUGCCCCCUCCAGCUGCAGUGGUACCUUCUACCACCGACUAUCCCGGAGACUACGGCUUCCAGCUCCGCUUCAACCAGUCCAGCACAACCAAGUCUGUUACCUCAACGUAUUCCCCAUCUUUGAAUAAACUGUACUGCCAGCUGGUUAAGACUUGCCCAGUUGAUGUGUUGAUGGAGAAAGUUCCUCCUCAGGGAGCAGUGCUCAGGGCGACACCCAUUUAUAAGAAACCUGAGCAUGUGUCGGAGGUGGUGCUACGCUGCCCUCAUCACCAAAACAUUGCAGAGAACAAUGAAGGUGUGGCUCAUCGCAGCCAUCUUAUUCGAAUGGAGGGCAGUCAGAGGGUUCAGUAUUUAGAGGACUCCAAUACCAAGAGGCAGAGUGUUACUGUUCCCUAUGAGGCCCCUCAGCUGGGUUCAGAGGGCACCACCGUUUUGCUGAACUUCAUGUGCAACAGCAGCUGUAUGGGAGGCAUGAACCGCAGGCCCAUUCUUACUAUAAUGACUCUUGAAACACAUGACGGGCAGGUUUUAGGUCGACGUUGUUUUGAGGUCCGUGUGUGCGCCUGCCCUGGCCGUGACCGCAAGACUGAAGAGGAAAAUCUGUCCAAAAAAACCUCAGGAAAGACAACCUCAGGAAUUAAGAGAAAAUCUUCAGGCAUUGAAUCUCAGGUCACUCCGAAUGCUGAAUCAAGUAAAAAGAUUAAGAUUGACUCCAGUUCCGAGGAGGAAAUCUUCAUUUUACAAGUUCGUGGGAAAGACAGAUUCAACAUGCUAAAAAAAAUUAAUGACAGUUUGGAGCUAAUGGACAUGAUUCCUACUGCGGAUAAGGACAAAUACAGACAAAAACGUACUUUCAAGACCUUGAAAAAGUGUGAAAAGGGGCCUCAGCGUAUAAGCAGUUUGAAACGGCUUUUUCAGAAAGACGAGAAGACAGACACCGACUAAAAAUGCGCCAUUUGCUUUAUUGUUUUGUUUUUGUAUGAGUCAUUCGUUGCUUUUUGUUUUUCGGUUCAGCGUAUUCACUGCCUUUUUAAAAAAUUUGAAGAUGGGUGACAAAUUGAAGAAAUAAGCAACCUUUUGAACAGCUUGAACAAUGCAUGUUGGUCUUUUUAAAUAAACCGGAGCAUGGAAUUUUGUACUGUGGUAUUAAUUUGCAGUGAAUUCACUUAAGGGAAAAAAACCCUUAAUCUUAACCUGGACCUUAAUGCCUUAAAGAAAUGCUCUCAACAGCUGCAGUUGUUUGU